AUGAGGCAGCUGCUUUCCAAGUCUGUUGUGAUUGAUGAUGAUGACGACGACGAAUAUCCCUGGAGGCAGAAUGCUCACAAGAGCGGCUAUGAGUCUGCUUCCAAGCACUUCAAUCCAGCUGAUGUGGAGGUGAACGUGGCUGGAAGAUCCUUUCUGGUGACUGGCGCGAACAGUGGCAUUGGCAAAGCCACAGCCACGGAGAUAGCCAGGAGAGGUGGCACGGUUCAUCUGGUUUGCCGAAAUAAGGAACGGGCUGAGGUCGCCAAAGGAGAAAUAGUGACAGAAACAGGCAAUCCGAAUAUCUUCUUGCAUAUUCUGGAUAUAUCUAAUCCCAAGGAAAUCUGGAAGUUUGCUGAAAAAUUCAAAAAUGAACAUAAAUUAAAUGUGUUGAUAAACAAUGCAGGAUGUAUGGUGAAUAACAGAGAAUUAACUGAAGAUGGACUUGAAAAAAACUUUGCAACAAACACUUUGGGUACAUAUAUUCUGACAACUGCCUUGCUGCCCCUCCUGGAAAAAGAAGCUGAUGCCAGAGUGAUAACUGUCUCUUCUGGGGGCAUGCUAGUUCAAAAAUUAAACAUAUCUGACUUGCAGUCGGGAAAUGGGACAUUUGAUGGAACUAUGGUGUAUGCACAAAACAAGAGGCAGCAAGUUGUCUUGACAGAACAAUGGGCAAAAGCUCACAGAAACAUCCAUUUCUCUGUUAUGCACCCCGGCUGGGCAGACACUCCAGCUGUGAGAUCGGCAAUGCCAGAUUUCUAUCAGAAGAUGAAGAAUAGUCUGCGCACAGAGGCCCAGGGAGCUGAUACUGUUGUAUGGUUGGCAGUAUCAUCUGAAGCAACAAAGUUACCGAGCGGCUUGUUCUUCCAAGACAGGCAGCCAGUCCCUACACACUUACCCCUGGCAAGCACCCACAGUCCACCAGAGGACGAGGAGAAGCUAAUGGAGGUGCUGGAAGAAUUCUCCCAGAAGUUUAAAUCCACUUCUCCAGGAACUUAA